GGGCAAAAUAGUAAAUCAAAAAUAAAAAUAAUAAUAUUAUCACGCAUAAGUAACCACACUCACACGUUGCCGCUCUUGGCGUAUGAAGUGCGAUUAAUCAAUUUUUCUUCGUUUCGUUACUUUUCGUUACUCUCAAACACUUCAAACUCGUACAAUAGAAUCUUCGACGUAAUAACAAGAAACAGAGAAACAGAGAAACAGAACAAUCUUAACUUUCUCUUCACGGUUAAGUGAAACUCAACUUGAACCUGUUAGUUGAACAUGGGUUCAGCAGCAGAAGUGUUGGCUGAGAGGAGUAGCAAUAAACUCCUUGGAAUAAGAUUCCUUCAGUAUUUAAAAGGAAGUCCUGUUUCCUACAAAACCCACCAAGCAAUUGUUCUGAUUGUAACUUUUUUAGCUUAUGCUAGUUAUCAUGCUACUAGAAAAACCACAAGUAUUGUAAAGAGUGUCCUUGAUCCACAGUCGUCGUCAAAAAACAAUUUAGGCUUCAAUUUCUUUCCUUUGAGAAGGUUAGAAGUAACAAAUCAUACUCAGUCAAGGCUUUCUUGGAGCCUUGGUGAUGGUUGGGCUCCGUUUAAUGGAUCGGACGGGACGUCCCUUCUUGGUGAAUUGGAUGUUGCUUUUCUUGCAGUUUAUGCUUUUGGGAUGUAUUUUUCAGGACAUUUUGGUGAUAGGUGUAAUUUAAGGAUUUUUUUAACUAUUGGGAUGAUAGGAACUGGUGUUUUCACUUCGCUCUUUGGAUUAGGGUUUUGGGGAAACAUUCACAAUUUCUAUUACUAUUUAGUUGUUCAAAUGAUAGCUGGAUUGUUUCAAUCCACUGGAUGGCCGUCGGUAGUUGCGGUUUUAGGUAACUGGUUUGGAAAGCGAAAGAGAGGGCUUAUAAUGGGAAUUUGGAAUGCUCAUACUUCUGUUGGGAACAUUGCUGGUUCUUUGAUUGCAUCUGCUAUGUUGGGAUAUGGAUGGGGAUGGUCUUUUGUUGUGCCGGGGUUAAUUAUGUCUUUCCUCGGUUUGGUGGUUUUCUUAAUUUUGCCUGUUUCUCCUGAAUCUUCUGGAGUUGAGGAAGAUGAUGAUAGUUGUCCCAAGAAAAGUGGAGAUGAUGUCACUGAAUCUCUGUUAAGGCAAGAGACUCCUGCUGAAGAGAAAGAGAAAGCAGUCGGGUUCAUCGAAGCCUGGAAAAUUCCAGGGGUUGCUCCUUUUGCUUUUUGUUUGUUCUUUGCCAAAUUGGUUGCAUACACGUUUCUCUAUUGGUUACCAUUCUAUGUUAGCCAUACAGCUAUUGAUGGAAAAUAUCUAUCUAGUGAGACAUCAGGAUCACUAUCCACUUUAUUUGAUGUUGGAGGAGUGCUCGGAGGAAUUCUAGCCGGACACAUUUCUGACCGCUUAAAUGCUAGAGCCAUAACAGCAGCAAGUUUCAUGUACUGUGCAAUCCCUGCUCUCUUCUUCUAUCGAAGUUAUGGGCACAUUUCGUUGCUUGUAAAUGGAUCGUUGAUGUUUGUCACUGGUAUGUUUGUAAACGGGCCAUAUGCUCUUAUAACAACUGCAGUUUCGGCUGACCUGGGAACACACAAGUCAUUGAAAGGAAAUUCACGGGCUCUAGCAACGGUCACGGCUAUUAUUGAUGGAACAGGUUCAAUAGGGGCUGCAAUUGGACCUUUAUUAACAGGGUACAUCUCUGCAAAGAGCUGGAGUGCAGUUUUCACAAUGUUGAUGGGUUCAGCUUUAAUUGCAGGGCUGUUUCUCACCAAGCUUGUAGUGUCAGAGGUGGCCACGAAGAUUGAAGAGUCAAGGUCUAAUAGAGCGCCCGAAUUUUCACUCGAUGUAUAAGAAUAAAUACUGUGUGUCUGCAUUUUUUAUUCCAAGAGUGCCUAUGAAUACUUUCCGUUCAUAGCUUCCGGUCGUUAAAUUAAGAAAGAAAAAAGAGCAUGACUAAACAGUGUUUAAAAAUGUAGAGAAUGUUUGUUUGUACAGUGUGAUAUAUACCCAUUUUAGUAUAGUAUAGUUUCAUGCCUUCAAGAACCAAUUGUAGCUUUGGAAUAUUGAAAAUCAAGAAUGAGAAAGUUGUUAGUUUACAAUUA